ACCGGGCAAGUGAAAAAAAACCUUAGCGUUGAACCCUGAGGUCUGUGUCCAGGCUCCCAUGAGCACUAUGGUGUUAUACAUAUGAGAUAAAAGCAAAAUUUUGUGUAAACAUGCAGCUUAAAGUCAUUUAUUUUCACUUGUACAAAACCAACCAACCUAAACCAACCAUUUGUUAAUCAGAAUGUGUAACUACACUGCAGCUCGGCACAACCCUGCUGAUACACUAUUUUUUGCACAUUGUGUGACUUAAAAUGUGAAUAAACAUUUAUUAUGAAAAAUAAUAAUUCAAUGACAUCAUGGUGGACAUUGUACAUCUAGUAAGAAAAAAUAAUAUUUAUUACAUGGGGAAAGUUUAGUUUAAAUGUGUUGUAGAACUAUUACUGUUACUUUAUCUACAUAAGAUCAAAUAUUUUGGUAUGAAAAGCUGCAUUUUUUAUUUAACCAAGUAUCCUGUAACAUAACUACAUGUCUUACGAUUGUAACAAACCAAACCGCAUGAAAAUCGGUUGAGAAUUCAGCGAGUAAUGAUGAUUUUAAUGACAAAUAGUCUCCUGCCUCAAUAGAAAUACAUGCAUUAGGCAGUGCGGCUGCGCCUGGGCAAGAUGGCGGUCGCGUUGACGUAUCACUCCAAUGAGGAGCGCCGUUGAAUGCGGCAUCUACGUAUAUGAAUGCGGCAUCUACGUAUAUCUAUGUCGUGAAUUGCAACUACAUCUGAGUGCUUUUUUUCUGAGGGAAACCCCGCAAAACAAUCAGGGGUUCCUGCAGAACGCUGACAUUUGACUCCACAUGGAUUAAGUGCCUACAUGCAGUGAUAGCUGAUUGGACCUCCCGGUGGCAUGAUGGCUCAUCAUCCGAGCUUAUAAAAGCGUCACGAAAAAGGCGUUGGUCAGCGUUUUCACAUCGACUCUGAGAGAACUUUCUCACCUGGCCGUGUGAUCUUGUACCCUACUGCUUUGACAGCUGCGAUUGACCUGCAAUCAUCUGCACUGCAUCUGUGAUCUUCUGAUCCAGAACUUGUACACAACACACAAAGAUACAUUCAUUCAAUCAAACACACAUAGCCAACUGAUAAACACAUUUCUGAUUCUGUACAUACACACACAUACACACACACACACUUACUAUUUUAGUAGGUGUCUGUCUACUGCUUCCAAGGUAAGUUGAGCUAUGUAUGUAUUUGAAGGCUGAGGCCAGAGUCUGCCUGUAAAGUAUAGCUUUUGAGUAUGAUUAGUAUACAGUCAGAGUGAUUUGUAUGAUUUCUUUGUGAAUGUUGAAUUAAUUUGUUUUGGUUGUUUGUGUAUGUUUUUUAAGAUGCCCCGUGCCAAGUCCCACCGGCGUGCCCAGGCCAUAAAGAGGAGGAUGGCGACGGCGCAGACUUGGACCCCCCUGCCACCUGUCCCCGAGUUUCGUGCUCGGCGUGGUACUGGUUACCGCCAUCGUGUGCGGAGAUGGCCAACUUCGGAGCUGACCCAGCGCAGCUUCAGGUUGGUCACUCCAGCUCAGCAUCCAGAGAAGCAGCACGUGUUCGUCGUUGGAGACUCCCACCUGCGCGCCAUGGUGGAUGGGUUCGUGGCCAUCCCGGAGGGCUGUCUGUCUUUUGGUUUUUCUGUCUGUGCCAGGGAGCUGAGGAUGGAGGUGCUGCGUAGUGCUGUGCCUGGACCCGGACGCCAUGUGUUGCUCGCCCUGAGCAACAACCUCACUGCCAGCAGGACCAUCAGUGAGGCGGCGUUGGACUUCGGUGCGCUCCUGACCACCGUCUGCAGCCGCUGGCCCAAGGUCUUUGUGUUGGACUUCCCUCCCCGUCUGACCAUGGACCUUGGCUUCCAAGAGCAGCUGCGUCAGGAAUACCACCGUGUCGCAGCACGCAUGGGUCUCCCCUACGUGUCUGUGACGGCGCACUUCCCAGUCCAUCGGUUGGAGCUGUGGUGCCAUGAUGGCGUGCACCUCAGCGACUCCGAUGGCAUGCCCAUCCUGGUGCAGCUGCUGUGGAACGUGGCCUACCUCCAGCUGGCACCCCCUCCACCCGCGCCCCCGGUGUCUCCCCGGAGAUCGCCGGGUGGCCGGGUGUCCCCCACUCUGGUCGUGAUGGGGCACGUUCCUGUGCCGCGUCACACUGACCCCUGCGAGUGGACGGUGGUUGGACGGCAGGGCAAGGCUGGAACAUCUCUGGUGGGACAGUCUGUCAUCCCGUCCAACCCUGUGUGGUUCAGCAGUGGCAUGUUGGACGCCAUGGAGAAGGUUUCCCCUUCUUCUGGCUCUGGCUGCCCUGCUGAUCCGCCAGCUGGGCAGACCUUCCGUGUGAAGCGUCAGCCCAGAGGUGUUGCCGCAACGCGCAGAGGACGAAAGUGGCAGGUUCCGGCAACACCUGUGCCUGCCUCUGUGACCGAGUCUACCUCCAAGCCUGGCCCAGCAGUCCAGGAGGUGCAGGUCACAGCCCAGCCGUCCAUGGAGGUGGUGGUGGAGGUUGCUGCAGCGUGCCUUGCCGUGCCGAUGGACUCCGCCAUCCAGGAGGGAACCCGGAUGUCACAGAGGAUCGGCACAGAUAAGGAUGUUUCUGUUCCUUUUGUUACUGUUCCUGAUGUUAGUGCAGUUGUGUCAGAUUCAGACAGUCAUGUUGUGGCAGCAGACGGUAGCAGAGGGUUCAGGCUUGGGAAGGUUGUGAGGGGAACGUUUCACCAGGGAGAUGAGCGGUUUGUGUAUCGAGGGCGGCAGUGUAUGGCUAUAGGUUUGGCCAGCUUAGCCAAACACACGUUGAGUGUGUUCUCGUGGGAUAGGUUUGAUGUUGAUAGCGCGUUGGUGGUAGGUGAUGAGUUGUACACUAGUUUGCUUGACCUGAACAUUUUUAGCCACGAAUCAAAUCUCCUGUCUGUUGGAGAUUUGCCAAAGCAGUUUGAGAUAGGGGAGCAGUUGUUUAGCUUUAGCCACGGUGACACAGUGUUGGGUGAAGUAGGCGUGACUGAGGGUGAACACAUCGACAGCGGUGUGUUCAUCAGUCUGAGAAAUGGACUGGAGAGGAUCUUCAGUCAGUAUAGUACAUGUAUUAUGACGCUGUGUGGGAAUAGUUCUGUCAUCAUUUGUGAGGAUGGACGGUUUGCUGUGGUAGACAGUCACUCGCGUUGUGACAUUGGGUUAGUGCAUAGUGAUGGUAAAAGUGUGGUGUUGCAGUUUGAUUGUCUGGAUGAUCUCUAUGGAUACAUCUGUUGUUUGGCAGACAGUCUCAGUUCUAGGCAGAAGCUCUUUGAGCUGUGUGGCGUUAGUGUCCGUGAGGGUGCAAGCCCAGUGCUGUCUUGUGUUUCUGUGGAGAGCUGUAUUACUGAGAUGAGUACUGCUCCAGUGGCAGACUAUAGUGAUGUUUCUGAGGCGAGGGUAAAACACAUUACCUCAGGCAACUGUGUGUCUGAGUGUGGUGUUGGUGUAAAUGUAAGUCCAGCACUGUCUGGCAUUUCUGUUGUGACUUUAGCCAGUCAGGUGAGCAGUGGUUCAGUGGCAGAGUCAACAGUUAGUGAUGGUAGAAAGUGUAAAAUUUCUUCUCGCAUUAGUGUGGUGAAGAAAUUAAAGACAUUUGAUGUUAGUGAGGUUAAUGCAGAUGUAGAAUUUGUUAGUGCUGUGGCAAAUGAGGAGCUGCUCUUCCAACCUCUUAGUGUAGAUGUCUGUAAAGCUUUGUGUAGCCAGUUGAAGAUAGACUUUGGGAAGGUCAGUGGUUCUGUGUCCACAGAGAUGGGGCUGUUAGGGGUCCCGUGUUUAAAUGAGAGGAUUGUGGCUGAUGGUAACUGCUUCUUCAGAGCCAUCUCUCAGGCUGUGAGUGGCUCACAGAAGUACCAUCGCAAGAUUAGGCUAGCUGUAUGUAAGGAGUUAGAAAGGAAUUCAGAUAAGUAUGCAAGUCUUCUGAGAAGUGAGUAUUCAUCUGUUUCAGAGUAUCUUCAGCAGUCCAGGAUGAGAAAUGUGAACAGUUGGGCUACAGAGGUAGAAAUCCAGGUCACAGCAGAUUGGUUAGGAGUUAGUGUGUGUACUUUUUAUGAUGGACGUUGGUUGAAGUACAAGUGUAACAGUAAGUGUUUGUCAGCAGAGUGUAUUUAUGUAGAGAAUGUCAUGGGACAGCAUUUUGAGAACACUGUUUGUGUGCAUAAGCCUGGACUGCAGAUUUGUUAUAGUUACUGUAAACUUAGUGAUGUGUCAGGUUAUAGCAUUAGGUCAAGAGUGACAGAUGUUGUGGAUAGUGAGAAGUUAGCCGUUGGAUGUAAUGAAUGUGUAGGGUCUGAAGGCGUAGGUUGUAAACCUGUAAAAUCAAAGUAUUUGAGGCAGAAAAAAGGGACACAGGAGAAAAUGAGUAGGUUGCUUAGGGAGAGACGUAAAGUAAAGUUUAUGAAGAUGUAUCAGGAGAACGUAUUGUAUAGGGAAAGUGUUAAAGCGAGAAUGGUUAGUAAAUAUACAGAGAACAUCCAGCACAGGCAGAUGGUUAAAGAGAUCAGUAAAGCUAAGAGUAUGGUGAAGUAUAGAGAAAGCAUCGAGCACAGGGAGAAAGUUAAAGCGCUGAGUGUUGGUAAAUAUAGAAAAGACAUCCAGCACAGGCAGAUGGUUAAAGAGAUCAGUAAAGCUAAGAGUAUGGCGAAGUAUAGAGAAAGUAUCGAGCACAGGGAGAAAGUUAAAGCACUGAGUGUUAGUAAAUAUAGAAAAGACAUCCAGCACAGACAGAGGGUGAAAAUGAUGAGUGUUAGUAAAUAUAGACAAGACACCCAGCACAAACAGAGAGUUAAAAUGAUGAGUGUUAGUAAAUAUAGACAAGACACCCAGCACAAACAGAGAGUUAAAAUGAUGAGUGUUAGUAAAUAUAGACAAGACACCCAGCACAGACAGAAGGUUAUGGAUAGCAUCAGGUUGAGUAGGAAGCAGAGGAUGGAGAAGUCAGUCGACUUUGGUUUUGUUAUGGAGCAGUUUUUGGAAAAGGUCAGGGAUGGUCCAGAUUUUGUGUGUUGUGUGUGUCAUAGGUUGUUGUUUAGAAAUCAGGUGCAGAGCUGUGUAAGGGAAGUGUAUGGUACAAGUUUAGCUACAGCGGGUAUUGCAGAACAGUGCAUUAGUGAGAAGUAUUUGCAUAGAUGUAACGAUCAGUGUGUUGUGCCUUGUCAGUUGGUGUUGUGUAGAGGUCAGCUGUGGAUUUGUCAUACGUGUCAUCGUAAGAUUAGUGCAGGUCAGAUGCCAGCUGAAUGUUGGAGUAAUAACUUGGAUGUUGAUCCCGUUCCACCAGAACUGGGAUGUCUGAAUAGUUUAGAGCAGCAUUUGAUAGCCUUGCAUAUUCCUUUUAUGAAAAUGUUGGCAUUGCCUAAAGGGGGGCAAAAUGGAGUACAUGGUCCAGUGACCUGUGUUCCCGCCAACAUUACGCAAACUAGUAAUGUGUUGCCGCGUUCGAGUAUGGAAGGGUCUUUGGUGCAGGUGAAGUUAAAGCGCAAGUUGACAUAUAAGGGACAUUACGAGUACCAGUUUGUGGAUCCGUUGCAUGUAAGACAGGCGCUGGAGUAUUUAAAGAGGACCAAUAUUCAUUAUAGAGACAUAGAGUUUAAUGAGGAGUGGAUUAAUGAGUUUUGUAGGCAGGAAGAUGGGGACAGGGAAGAGGCUGGAUCAGCUAGUGAGGAUGAAGCUGGUAGAGGAAGUGAGGAAGCUGGUACAGGAAUUGAGGUUGUUGGUCAGGUUGUAGAAAAGGCUGAGGUUGAUGAUUUAGCAGAAUCAGCAGACAUAGUACAAGAUGAAAUGUCACAUGACAGACAGCAGCACUGCAUGUUGCAGGACACUUGUCUUAUGCCUGUUGAUAUUGGUCAGGAGGCAUUAGAUCAGUAUUUUGAUGAUAUUGUGAAUAUAGCGCCUGCAGAGGGAAAUAGUCCAGUUAGGAUGCUUUCUGACCGGAGUAAUGAAGCAAAGAGUUUCCCUGUAUUGUUUCCUCUGGGUCAGAAGACCUUCCAUGACAGUCGGCGUUGUCAGUUGAGUCUGUCGCGUUAUUUCAACAAUAGGAUUAUGCACUGCGAUGGUCGUUUUGCACGUAAUGUAGAGUACAUAUUUUUUGCUCAGUACAUGUCAGAGGUUGAUCAGGUGAUGUCAAGUGUUUCUGUAGCGUUGCGUAAAGGUAAGGGAGGUCAGAGGUCUCAAAGGAUUAGUCAGAGUAUGCUGAAGGAUGAGGAGUCUCUGAAGCAGUUGUUGCAGUUUGAUGAUGGAUUUCGGUUUUUAAAGCCUCUUCGUGGGACCCCUGCGUUUUGGAUGUCCGUGCAGAAGGACGUCUUGGCGUGUGUGCGUCAGUUAGGGAUUCCGACGUGGUUUUGCUCGUUUUCGUCUGCAGAUCUGCGCUGGCAGAAUCUCCUGACCAGCAUCCUGAAGCAGGAAGGCAGAACGCAGACGGUAGAGGAUUUGGAGUGGGCAGACAGGUGUCAGUUGUUGCGUGGUAACCCAGUUACAGCAGCGAGGAUGUUUGAUUACAGAUGGCAUUGUUUUCUGAAUGAGGUUCUCAUGUCUCCUGCUCAACCAAUUGGCAAAAUCAUAGAUUAUUUUUAUAGAGUCGAGUUUCAGCAGCGCGGUUCUCCUCACGUUCACUGUCUCUUUUGGAUUGAGGGUGCUCCCCAAAUUGAUAAGAAUACAGACGAGGAGGUUGUAGAGUUUAUUGAUAAGUACGUAUCGUGCGAGUUACCCUCAGAUGAUGACGCAUUAUUGGACAUUGUGUCAUCAGUGCAAACACAUUCCAAACGACAUUCAAAGUCAUGCAGGAAAAAGAAGACUGUAUGUCGUUUCAAUUUCCCAAAACCUGUGUCUGAGCGUACAUUUAUUUGUAAAAUAGAAGAAAUAAAAUGCACAUGUGACAAGAAGGAGGCAGAGGAGACAGGGGAGGAUCCUCAGUCUGAAGACAAACCAGUCUGUAGGUGUUUUGACAGGAGUAACAAGAUGAGAGUAGAGAUUGCGAAGUCCAUAUUGGAAUCCGUUAAGAAAGCAGUGGAAAGUGAGUUGUUUGGUAGUGUAGAGGAGUUAUUUAUGAGUGUGGGCAUUAAUCAGGAGAUUUUUGAAAUGGCAUAUAGGAAAAUGCAAAAGAAGACCAAGGUAGUUUAUAAGAGAGGAGUAAAUGAAGUUUGGGUCAAUCAGUAUAGCAAGCAGUUGUUGAAGUGUUGGAACGCUAAUAUUGAUGUGAGCUUUGUAACUGAUGCGUAUGCAGUUGUUGUGUAUAUAAUAUCGUAUAUUACAAAAGCAGAGAGAGAAAUUGGCCUGUUAUUGAGUAAUGCCCAAAAAGAAGCCAAAAACCAAGGAAAUGUCUCAGCUAAAGACGCGUUGAAGAAGUUGGGUAGUGUGUAUUUGCAUAAUAGGGACGUUAGUGCUCAGGAGGCAGUGUAUAGGUUAACAAACUUGCAUUUGAAGGAGUGCUCUAGGAAGGUUGUGUUUGUGCCGACAGGGAAUAAUAUAGUGAAGAUGAGUUUACCCCUCAGUGUUUUGAGGCAGAGAGUAUCUGCACACGAUCUUAGCACAGAAGAUAUGUGGAUGACGAGCUUCGUGGAUAGAUAUAGGAACAGGCCCGACGGUGAUGUGUUUGAAAAUAUGUGUAUGGCGACAUUUGCGUCGGAGUAUCGUGUUCUUUCCAAAAACGAAAAGUCUCCGGACAUGAUUCGAUUGAAAAAUGAUUUGGGCUUCAUUUUGAAGAGGACACGUACUCAGUUUGCGGUUGUUCGGUACAUGCGCGUUAGUUUGGAAAAACAUCCAGAGUUGCAUUUUCAGAGUUUGCUGCAGUUGUUCCUUCCAUAUAGAACUGACUCAGACCUCAAACCUGAAGGCUUUGAGCUGUUUGAACAGUUCCAUGAGGAAGGAAGUGUGACAUUUAGUGACGGGUCAGUACAUGCGGUUAAGGACGUGGUGAAGGAUAAUAGAGCUGUGUUUGAUGUAGACAAUCCAGAUUUAGAGCGUGCGCAGGAGAUUGCAGAGCAGCACGGUGUAGAUGAGGAGGAUGCUUGGGGGGAGCUGUGUCCUGAACAGGAAGUUGAACGUCUUGAGUGUUUAGAGGAGAGAAGGCAGCAGCAGGGAUCUGAGAUAGUAGAGGAGCAGUUACAAGAACGUCUGGAGAAUGUGCCAGAUUUGGUUGUUGGUAGUAGACAGGUAGUGCAGUUGGAGAGGAAGAGGAAUGUGAUGUGUAGAAGUGAGGGCUUAGCUUUAGUUAGGUCUCUGAAUGAGACACAGAUGGCUGUGUUUUAUAAGGUCAGACAGUGGUGUUUGCAGAAGGUGAUGGGUAAAAACCCAGAACCUCUGCAUGUGUUUGUGACAGGUGGUGCAGGGACGGGGAAAAGUCAUUUAAUUAGGGCUAUUCAGUAUGAGGCAGGGAGGUUGUUGUCCACACUUUGUGAUCAACCAGACGAUAUUUGUGUUUUGUUAACCGCACCUACAGGUAUAGCUGCAUACAAUUUUUAAAUGCAGCAACAAUUCAUCACACAUUCAGUAUUGGCACACAUGCCAGUUUGCCUUACAUCCCUUUGGGUGAGGACAAACUAAACUCUUUGAGAGCCAAAUUUAGUCGCCUCCAAAUUGUAAUCAUAGAUGAAAUCAGUAUGGUUGAUCACAAUCUGUUGGCAUAUGUUCAUGGUAGGUUAAGGCAGGUGAAGCAGACGGGCGACUUUUCCCCAUUUGGUAAUGUCAGUGUGAUAGCUGUUGGAGACUUCUAUCAGUUGCCUCCCGUUAAAGGGAAGCCUCUGUAUAGCUGUCCGCUUGGUGUGGACCUGUGGUGUGGUUUUAGUAUAGUGGAGUUGACAACCAUAGUUAGGCAGAAGGAUAGUGUGUUUGCAGCGUUGCUGAACAGGUUGAGAGUGCGUUCAAAGGCCACCCCAUGUUAGCUAGUGAUGUUGAAAUAUUAAAGGCUUGCGAGACAGGGGAAGAGAGCUCUGCUUUGCAUAUUUUUCCAACCAAUAUGCAAGUAACUGAACAUAAUUUUAUGCAGUUGAUUACCAUGUGUCCAGAUUAUGUUGAGAUAGAAGCCAAAGAUUUCAAACAUAACAGGAAAACAGGCCAAUUGGAAUGUACAGCAUGGCAUCAUAGUAAUGCGGACACAUGUUUACUGGAUAGGUUGUGUUUGGCAAGGAACGCACGUGUUAUGUUAUGUAAGAACGUAGAUGUUGAGGACGGUCUGGUCAAUGGCGCAUGUGGCACGGUAACUCAUAUCAAUUUUGGUGAUGAUGAGAAGUUUCCUAAAACAGUUUAUGUCAGAUUUGAUGAUGAGAAAAUUGGCUCACAGAGGAGGAAAACACGUGCACAUGCGGCAGUAGAAUGCAGGUAUUCUACUGCUAUUGAUCCCGAGGAGGACAGGGCAACUAAAGCAGGUGGUCUGCGAUUUCAGUUUCCUCUUAGGCUAGCGUGGGCGUGUACAAUGCAUAAAGUGCAGUGAUUAAUGGUAGAUGAGGCUGUAGUGUCUUUGAAGAAGGUGUUUGCACCUGGGCAGGCGUAUGUAGCUUUGAGUCGUGUUAGGGCUUUGUCUGGACUGAUCAGGGAUUUUAAAGAGAAGGCCAUUUACUGCAAGGAUGCCAUAAAGGAGGCCUUAGACAGCAUGCCCCCAUUUUUAAUUGAGCAGCCUAAACCUUCAUUAAGUGCACAAAGUUUCUCUGUGUAUUUAAUGAACGUUCAAAAUUUAAGUCGCCACCUGGCAGAUUUGGUGUCUUGCACACAGCAUUUACAGCCUAACUGUAUUGCUGUCACAGAAACGUGGCUCACUGCACAGUCCUCGUUAGACAGUGUCCAAAUUGAUGGAUAUGCUUUCCACAGUCGUCCGCGAGGUUUGUGUUACAGCAGCAGUAACCCCAAAUUGUUAGAGCUCCAGGAUCUAGAACAUGGUGGAGUUGGUUUGUACAUUGUAGGCAAUUUGGACUGUAGCAUCCUGCAGGCGCCCGAUUUGAAUCUGGAGUGUUUGGUGUGCCUGUGUAGCAAAUUUAACAUUGUGAUGGCAGUAAUUUAUCGUCCACCAUGUUAUCCAAAGUCUUUAUUUAAACAAAAUCUGGGGAAAUUACUUGAUUGGUUGUAUCUAAUUAGUGACACAGUUGUAGUGAUGGGAGAUUUUAAUGAGAAUGUUUUGAAAAAAUCAUCAAUUUGUAAAUUCAUGGGGCAAAAAGGAUGUCAUCAGCAUGUAACACAGGAGACAACAGAAAAGGGGACAUUAAUUGAUCACGUUUAUGUUAAAACAGCACAGUAUGAUGUGGAAUGUGCAGUGAUGCCCACGUACUUCAGUGAUCAUGAAGGUAUUCUGUGUAGUUUUAGUGUGAGAGAUGAUCAGGGUGAGCUAUAGGACUUAGACAGGUUGUUUGGGGACUUUGAGGAUGUAGAGGUGGAUGCGUAGUGUUUAGAUGUGGAUUAGAUCAGGUUGGUUUGUGUAGCUUCAUGUGACUCAUACAAAGUCCCAGUGCAAAUGUAGGUAGUGGUGGUGGUGUUAUUAUUGUUGUCAUUGUGUUUAUCUGUAGAGUUUUCAGAGGAAACUGACUUGUAGUUUGUUGUUGUGUUGAAAUUGUGUAGGUUUGCACGCACGUGAAGUUGUGUUAGUGUAGAGUCUGUCCCACUCCAUUGUGUGAAGAUUGUGUAUUGUAGGGAGAUUUGAGUGUAUUGUGUGGAAAUGUUUUUAGUAUGUUAUGAUUAUUAUUAUUAUUAUUAUUAUUAUUAUAGUAGAGAUUUUAGGUGAAACCAAUCAUGUAUUACAGGUGGAAUGAGUUGAGUGUUAGCUGUUGUGAAUAGUGUUAGUUAAUUAAUAUAAUCAUGGUUUUUACAGCUGUUAGUGAUUGUAGAUGUGUUGGUGUCUGUCUGCCACAUGUUGGUUGUUGGUCUCUGUUGCGACUGAAUGUAUGUAUUUAUGCAUGUUAGAGUUUGUGGGUCUUUCAGUCCUGAUGUGUUCAUAUGCAACUGUUUCAGUCAUGAAAAUAUGAAAAGGUUAAUUUGACUCAAACAAAUACAUCAAUAGAAAAUAGACGGGCUUGAUGUUGCAUGUUUUCUGUAGCCCUCUAGUGUUCAAAAUUCUGAUCAGUAAGUUAGAAAAGAUGCAGCAUUACAAUUAUGAUGUUACAUAUGAACACAAGAGGAAAUGAUUGUAUUUAAUAAGUUAACAGUUAAUAUUAUGGUUGUUGUUGUUAUUUAUUCAUGUAUUUAUUUAUCAGGCUUUACAGGAUACGACAUCCCUCUGUCCCCACACACACACACACACACACACACACACACACAAUGGUAGAAAGCUCAGGAAGAGCAACUGAGGAGGGAUCCCUCUUCCCAGAUGGACAGACAGGCAGUAGAUGGCGUACAGAACAGAUCAGCAUAAUAAACAGUAAUACGUAUGACACAAAGAGACAGAAAGAGAAAUACAGAGAGAGAGAGAGAGAGAGAGAGAGAGGUGAAGGAGAAACGGUAAUGACAGCAGCUUACAACAACAUUAAUCAUCUGGCAGGAGCACGGUAGCAACAGUAGCUUUUAAUACAGGAAGUGCAGUCAGUAGUUCAGAUAAGAAAUGCUCAUGUUUGUGUACAUGACCUUACAGCAACUCUGACCUUACAGCAACUCUGUUCUGGCACCACAGGGCACAGACUCUUCAUUCUGCAUGUCUUAGCUGCCGAACAGGACACUUGUAAACAAAAAAUGUUGCUGCUGCUGUUGUUGUUGUUGUUGUUGUUGUUGUUGUUUCCACGAAUUCUCCUCCCCCUUGUGUCCCUCCAAUCUUAUGUUUUCUCUCUCCCUGUGCCUUUCAAAAUUUGUAUAGCUCAUUGACACUGCUUAAAUGAAUUGAAUAGUUGGUUGGUGGCGUUUCCUUUUUAACAGUAAUCUUUCUUCUCUCUGAGGUGGUUGAAAAUGCUGCUGUGAUGGAGCGUCCCAACCUCUGCAGUCCCCAAGUGAUAUUGUGGAGCAAGUGGAAUUUUGGGACAAAAGUUCCACAUGGUUGGUUGUUUUUUGUGUGUGUGCAUGUUCUGGCCAAGAUGCACUGUAGUCUAUGUGAGAGACAUAAUAAAAGUUCAAAAAGUAAUCCAGUAUCAAUUGUUGUUUGAGGGCAUGGACAGGAAGAGAAUGUAGGACUGUUAAUUGAUCAUUUUUUUUCUACAUGAACUAUAAAGUGAAACAGUGAAUUAUGUAAAUGAAUAUCCCGACAUGUUUUGUUGCCAUAUUUGCAACCAAUGUAUUAACUAAAAUGUAACUGAUAUCUUGGCUAUGGAAACAAAAUGUCAUCUCCAAAGUAUCCACAUUGACAUGAAAUACAUUGUAAUGAUAAAUAAACUAUAUAAUGUUAACUAC